AUGGAUCAACUUCCGCCCGAGAUUCUUGACUCAAUUCUUCAAAAGAAUAUCGAGAUGUGUCGCGAUCAUAAAUCCCAACUUUUGGAUCUGCGAUUAGUAUGUAAAGCGUUCGAUCAAGGCUUGAAAUCAUCAAUCUUCAAGACGACCUCGUUGGAAUUCUCGCGAUUCAUCCGAUUCCGAGAUAUCGAUGACAAUCCAGAUGAACUGAAAACUCUCCAAGAUAUAGCUUCAUUAUCAUCCUCCAUGUACAUUGAUAUGAUGAUAACUCGAGAUACGGAUGAAAUAGAUCAACUGAAAGAGACAUUCAACGCAAUCUAUGCUGCGGUUCCUGAGAUGGCAGACUUGAUCGACUCCCUUCGAUCAUAUUGCCUCAACAAGACCACAUUUACAGAGGAGGAUUACAGUCGUCUACUUCGCAGAGUCAUGCAGAAUGCCCCAGAUAUAACUCGACUUAAGAUUAACCUACCAUUCCAGGUCGUCAGUAAUUCUUUCAUGACAUCUACAAGAUUAUUCGCGAACACUCUAGCAUGCGCGGCGAAUCGUCCAGAGGAGCAUCAAAAGAUAGAUACAUUGGUUCUAGAUCACAUCACUGAUGUCACGAUCAAUAGCUUAUGCAACGUGCACAUCGAUGUCGAAAAUGCUUUCAAAGUUUUUGAAAAUCUAAAAAGCUUAUUGAUAUCAUUCAAGAGACAAGAAAGCAGAACACCACUACAAGCGGUUUUUGCUCGAAAUUUCUGGUUGUUAAUUGGGAAGGCCAAGGAUCUGGAAACCUUGUGUAUCAUUGGAUGGAACGUGGCGCAAACUACCAAACGUAUAAGAAACAAAAGAGUCGCGUCCAGGAUGACGAACGAACAGUGGACCAUGCGGUGCCUCCCAUACUAUCCUAGCAAAAGACUUGUCCUUAGCAAGUUGAGGUGUUUGGAAUUAAAACGGAUGGAUCUAGACCCUUUGAUGCUGCUGCUUUUGAUCGAGGAAACCAGUCAUUCCUUGAGAGAAUUAUACUUGAAUGAUAUCGGUCUGAAGGUUAAUGGUUCGACGGAUCGAGAGAAAACCAGUCUAUGGAUAGGUCGCCACGACAUCGUGAAGCCUGAGGAUUGCACAUGGGUUGCUCCAGCCAUUCGAGAUAUUGAAGGUCUCAAUCUCAAGAUUCUUCGAGUUAGUAAACUUGGUUAUGAUGAUUACAGUCCAGACCUUGAUUCGGAACAUCCCAAUUAUGAUCUUGACGACCCUACUGGACACAAUCAAUCCUUUGAUCAAAGGUUUGUGGAAGCUGUCAUGGGUACAAAAGCCCCACUGCCCCUCGAGUUGGUAUCCAAUAUAUCUUCUGAGGUGGAGAAUUCACAUGGGAAGUCAACCUAUACUGAAGUUGAUCCAAAUACUUACGAUGCUGAAAUAUAUCAAAAGAAUCACAACACAACAUCGAACUACAAAAAAUCCAUUGAUGGCGUCUUCUACAAUAACAAUGAACGGGCAUUGAGGGAAUUACAAAACAUAGUCAGCGUUGCCGACAGAGGCAUGGCAUUACUUAGUAGAGAAGUGGAAAGAGGCACUGACUUGACUGCCGAUCCAAUCUCUGGCGCAAUUGUCGAUCCUCCAGUCAGUACCUGA